GGUCAGCUGACUCGUGUCACGUGGCUCACGCUUCCUUCCGUGUUGGAGCAGAUGUGUUUAUUUCUUUACAGACUGUCGAAGAGGAUUUAUAUCUCAACAUUCAUGAACUCAGACUGAGUUUAGAGACUAAAGGUGCAGAGAGCUGGAGUGGAAGGAGACUCGACAUCGUUUCUUUUCCUUUAACGUCUGAAGUGGACUGUCAGUGAGGAGGUUAGUCUGAAGACUGUGAAUACGUGUUAAAAUAUGAAGUUUUAAAGAAGUUUAAAAUCAAAUCAAACAAAAUUAUCCAGGUAUUUACUGUUUUUGUGCAUAAACUUAAUUAUUCUAUCAGCCAGUUAAUGUUUUUUGUUUCUUUCUUGUUUUAUUUUGUUUUGUUGUUUUUAUGUGUGUGCUGUAUGAAGUCAAUGUAGAUUUAGUUUGUAGUAAAAAGUCAUGAAUUUACUUAAUUUACCUCUAAUUAUCAGGUACAUUUUGGUUUGCAUAUUCGAAAUAAACUUCAAUCAAUCAGUCAAUCAAUCAGUGUUUCUUUAAAAAGCUAAAGCUGAGAACAAAUUAACAGAAAUCUUAAAAAGUAAAGUAAAUUUUUUGAUAUUGUGGGUUUAUUUCUACUUUAUUUUGCCGUUGUGUAAAAAUGUGUCUGAGGUUCUGAGGGUUAGUUGAGUCUGCCAGUUUACUGUCUGAUGAAAGAAGUCACCUGUCUGGUUGUGUCUUCACAGUCACGCCCUGUCAGGUGAGAGUCAGGUGGUGUUUGUCAGACAAAGGAUGAUAACUGAUUCAUUUGGACUUUUAUUUGAUUUACACAUGAGGCUGAACCUCAUGAACACCUGAACGGUUAUCCUCCUCCACCGUGUUAAACUAACUCUCAUAUUCUUCCUUCUGCAGAAAUGUAUUUCGCUGUGUUUUUAUCUGCACUGGCGCUCUCUGCGACCACCUUCGCUCUGGACAAUGGACUCAUGAGGACGCCUCCUAUGGGCUGGUUGGCAUGGGAACGGUUUCGCUGCGACAUCGACUGUACAGACGACCCCAAGAACUGCAUCAGGCAAGCUGGAAUGACAUGAAUAUGACACACUGAGAUCUCUGAAGCUUCUCUGGUGAUUGGGAAUAAUUAUGAUUAUAAUCUAUGAUAAUGACUGUUUAUUCUGGACUAUUUAGGUGCAUGUUACUGUGUCACUGACUCUUUAAAGUGAGGGAAAUGGAGCCAAAAGAUAAGGGAACCUUCAUAAGUAGGAAUGUGGGCCAACAUGUCUGCAAUCAGGACAUACAGUUCAUCAUUAAUACUCUGAUGGCAAACAUUUCUUAACGUAGGGUGGAGCUCUGAGAACAAAUCCUGUUUAGCAGCAACGGAAACCCUCCUGUUCAUCUUCAGCCUCAGUUACGGUGUUGCUUUGUACAAACAUAUAAGUACAAUAUUCACACCUGCAGCUCGGACUUAACAUGUGCACAGAGCGGCACUGCCUUGUCCUUUUUAUUGGAGAUGAUCCAGAGGUUUACUUCAGCUUUUGUAUGCUUUAUUGUUUUCAGGUACAAUUUCUCGGUUAGUAACUGUUCAAAGCAAGAACCGUAACACUUCCCCAGCAUCAGAUUUUGGUUUAUCGGGUGGAAACAAAAACUUUAUUCAGAGUAAAUUCUCAUGCUGAUGGAUUUCUAGAUAAGCAACUACCUCAAACAAGCUGGAAAUAUAAAAUUUAAAGUUAAGAUUUAUUUUUAAAGCUCUCUCUCUCUCUCUCUCUCUCUCUCUCUCUGUCUGUCCCUCUCAGUGAGGAUCUGUUCAUCGACAUGGCCGACAGACUCUCAGAGGACGGCUGGAGGGAACUGGGCUACGUCUAUGUGAACAUCGACGACUGCUGGUCCUCCAAGCAGAGAGACGAGAAGGGGCGUCUGCAGGCUGACCCUAAAAGGUAACAGCGCUGAGUUCAUCUUAGGCUAGAAGACUGGAUUCAUUAUGUGCAGAAUACCGAGAGAGGCCUGCGUCACAAACGGGUCAAUAAAACUGUGAAAGACGGUGUUUACAAUGUGACUGUCAUAAGACUCAGAAAACGACGAGUCAGUAGCUCCAAAAGUCUCAUGUAUUCUGUUUUAAUGCAGCCUCAGCAUAAAUCUGAUCUCCCCACAAGGUGGAAGUGAUGAAAAAUCCAGACGAACACAAAAUAACCACACUGUAGAUUUCUCUUUAUACUUUCAAACCUUCACUCUCCUCAGAUUCCCAGGAGGCAUCCCCAAACUGUCCCGGUACCUGCACGACAGGGGUCUGAAGCUGGGCAUCUACGGGGACAUGGGCACACUCACCUGCGGGGGUUACCCCGGCACGCCGCUGGACAAGAUCGAGAUCGAUGCUCAGACCUUCGCUGACUGGGAGGUGGACAUGUUUAAAUUCGACGGCUGUUAUUCGAACGAGACAGUACAGGAGAAAGGUGAGGAGAGGAGAGGCGGCUGUGAUCUCAGACGCUGCCGAAAAAAACAACAACAGCUGAUAACCUCAUUUUCUUCUCCUGGUCAGGUUACCCUCUGAUGUCAAAGGCUUUGAACGCUACAGGCCGCCCUAUUGGCUACUCCUGCAGUUGGCCCGCCUACCAGGGUGGCCUUCCACCAAAGGUACAAACUAUCCAACUGAACGUGUCGUCAAAUGAAAGGCAAAUUUUAAAUAUUUAAAUAUUUAAAUAUUUUAACUUUUCUGUCCCCGUGUUCAUGUUUCCAGGUCAACUACACCCAGCUCGGCGAGAUUUGCAACCUGUGGCGUAACUAUGGCGACAUCCAGGACUCUUGGGGCAGUGUGGUGAGCAUUGUUGACUGGUUCUUCGAUAACCAGGAAGUCCUGAUACCUGCAGCCGGACCUGGAAGGUGGAACGACCCGGAUAUGGUGAGUUAACUCCAUAAUUCACAUAUUUACUUAAACUUUUUAGCAUUUAGUCGAUCAAUAAAAGUGGAAAAAUAAAUACAAGUUAAAGACGAAGGUCGAGUUUUCAGGUCUGGACCUUCACGGCUGUUUUUGCACAUUUUUCUUUGACGCCUUCGUUGGUGUGAAGACGUAUCCUUGCGUCGCCAGAACCCGCUCAUGAACGGUUUGUCCUUGACCUUUCAGCUGAUCAUCGGCGACUUCGCCCUCAGCAUGGAUCAGUCUCGCUCUCAGAUGGCUCUCUGGGCGAUCAUGGCCGCUCCUCUCUUCAUGUCCAACGACCUGCGCACCAUCAGCAGCGGCGCUCGCAGCAUCCUGCAGAACAAAAUGGUCAUCAGCAUCAAUCAGGACCCCCUUGGGAUCCAGGGACGGCGUAUUUUAAAGGUGAUGACUUCUGACUGAGAUCCUCAUUUUGUAUUUGGACUCUUUUAACACGUUUAUGUUUCUCGCCAUCAGGAGAAGAGUAACAUCCAGGUGUUCUGGCGCCCCCUGUCGGACGGUGCGAGCGCUUUGGUGUUCUUCAGUCGUCGUUCUGACAUGCCGUACCGAUAUAAGACGUCCCUUAAAAAACUCAACUACACCACAGGAAGUUACAAGGUGAGUCCUCGCUUUAAGGUCAGGCCGGUUCGACCACGACCUCGGUGACUCUCCUGGUGUUUUCAGACUCUCUCUCUUUUCCUCGCCCUCAGGUUUACGAUGUCUUCACCGACAAAACCACCACGCUGAAAGACUCCACCGACUUCGUGGUGUCGGUGAACCCCUCAGGUGUGGUCAUGUGGCACGUCUCUGCGCCUGCCAAACUAAACCAGCGCCAUUUCGACCGAAGAGGAAACGCCAUGGAGUCCGUGUUCGGAGGGGAUGAAAACGCCAUCCCUCGCGUCUUCCUGUGACGGCUGAACAAAUGAAUCCCAAAUCAAAUCGCUGAUUCUGACUCAAUCAGGAGCUGAAGGGACGUAUUUUCUCUUCUUAACCGUAACGUGCCAAUGAGGAACUUUAAUCAUGUUAUCUUGUCCGAGUCGGGAAACUGUUGCGAACUCAGGGAUCGGAAAUUCUCGAUGUGAUUUUGGGAACAUGUGAAAAAGCUGAUGGUUGAUUGAAACAGAUUAAUCAAAACUGUCAGACCUGAGAACAAGAGCUCGUACUGAAGCUUUAUUUCUGAAUUUCUCAUAAAAAGAUGAUUUUUUAUCGUGUUUUUUCACUGAAUGAUGUUUACACGGAGACUGCGGUAUGCUGACGUGUGAUUGCAGUAAUUAGUCGACAUCUGGAUGUUCGUUUGCUCAGGAUGGUUGUGUUAUGAAAGUGAAGUUUUUAUUUGAAAUGAUCCAGUGAAGUAUGUGUCUUUUGUGUUUUUCUGCAGAAUAAAAAGUUCGUCUGCUUCACAAGAAAACAGAAG